CCAACAUAAAUUUGGAGAAAAAAGAUGAAAAUUCCGUGGAAAAAUGUGUCCGAUGGGAUGAUAUGAAUUUAGUUCAAGUUUCUUCGCCGCACGUCAAGCAUUCUCCAAUAUCAACAAAGGAGAAACGCGUAAUUAAGCCUUGUUUAAAACCCACAAAUUCCCCUACAGAUUCUCUAGGAAACGUAUUGAGCGCGGAUUCUAGUUUAACGCCUAUAGUUAAGAGGGGAAUCAAAGUCACAGUAAAGCAAGUCAAUGUCAAAACUCAAAAACCAAUCAAAUUUGUUAAAUCAAUGCUUUAA